GGACAUUACUUGCUUCAGAAAGUUCAUUCAAGAGGUGUUUAGCAGAAAGCUAAACAGCAGAAUGGCGGCAGACAGCAACAUGGCUCCUGAAGAGAAGCCGAGCACAACUCCUGUGAAAAGAGCUGUCCACAAGAUCCGAACCGCCAGCCUUGUCUUCAGCUUGGCCCGAGGCUGGCAGCAGUGGGCAAGUGACCGCAAUUUAAAGCAAGCCCAAGAACCCCCUGGAUGGGUCCCCAGUGCAGGAGAUGUAUCAGCUCAGCCAGCGCAAGAAAGACACUUUGAGAAAUGGCCAGUUCCAUCUACCAAGAGGGACCAAAGAAAAGACGAUGAAAAACCCUCAGCAAAUGCAUCAGUGACAACAGGAGAUGCAGAAAAUAAAUCAAGAGAAUCUGAUGAAGCCCUUAAUAAGGUCAACAUUAAAAGCAAAGAGGUGCUGAAAACCGUUGUAAGUAAAGCCUAUGAACGAGCAAGUGAUGUUAGCCUCCUCAGUGGCAGAUAUGAGAACAACGACAGCAGCUCAGAGACAAUCAACUUCAAAGAAGAAUUAAAUGGUAUUGACAAAAUUCUUAAUGGGAAAUUAUCUCCCACUAUAAGGAGAAAGUGUUCAAACAGAGUAUCAGACCUGAUCAAGGGCUAUAAAGAGGACAAAUUAGGAACUAGGGAAGAACUGCUGCUGAAGCACCAUGAUGACAGCAUGGAUGCAGAAGACAGUGGCUAUGGGGAAGCAGAAGACAGACUUGAGCCAGAGGACAAUGGCCGAGAGGUGACCCCUGUGAAGAUUAAACAACCAUCUCUCAUGAGCAAGCGCAGCGAAGAAAGCAGCAUCAAAGCUCAUAGGAAAUACAGUCCUGUUAGCAGCCUGAAGAACAGAUGGCAGGAAUGGGCAGACCAGCACAUCAUAACGCAGAAGCUGAAUCCGUUUAGUGAAGAAUUUGACCACGAGCUGGCCAUGUCCACACGCCUGCACAAAGGAGAUGAAGGCUACGGCCGGCCGAAGGAAGGCACCAAAACUGCUGAAAGGGCCAAGAGAGCUGAGGCCCACAUUCACAGGGAGAUUAGAGAUCUGUGUUUCAUCAUUGAAACCAUGGCUAAGCCACGGCGUGAUGGCAAGAUCCAAGUCACUUUUGGGGAACUCUUUGAGAGAUAUGUUCGUAUUUCAGAUAAGGUUGUUGGGAUUCUCAUGAGAGCCAGGAAACAUGGGCUGGUGGACUUUGAGGGAGAAAUGUUAUGGCAAGGAAGGGAUGACAAUGUUGUAAUUACUUUAUUAAAAUAAGCAUGCUCCAAGAGCAAUGUGCCUUGGAAAACCUCAUUUUUCCAUUGCUAUUAGCUUUCACACAUUCAGAAUAUAAGAUUCUUUCCAGGCCAUGGACAGAAAAGACAUUGAGCAUUUUUCUAAAUACAAGCUUUAUAACUGUUGCAUGAUAAAUGUAAGCAUCCAAAUGGAUUUUUUUCUACAUCAGGAGAGCUUGCCAGGACACUUCAGUUAAUUACUAUACACACAAUAAUUAAGAAAAAAAGAAAAAAAAAAAAAAACAUGAGCAGAUGAAUAUAGAAACUUGUAGUAAUACAAAUGGCUACAAAUGAAUUCCAUUUUUUUAAACUUAUUCUUACAUUCAAAUUCCUCUCAACUAUUUAAACAGGGAAUAGAAAUCACACCAGAUCAGAAGAGGAAUGAUGAUCUCAACUCAGACCAAAUUUUUGACCUUAUGUGCAUAUUUCCUAACUAAUCUAUUUAAAUGCCUGUUAAAAAGGUUUAUUUGUAUACAAUCAAGGAUGCCAAAUUUGUUUCUUUUAUAAAUAAGCAAAUACUACUGCAGUGACAGCUACCACCAAUUUUCUCUUAGAUAUCACAGAAACUAAGACAAAUCUUUUAUACGCGAGAAUUUUUUUAUUUAAUAUAUUUAUAUAAUUUAUUAAAUGUUUUCAUUUUUAGUUGUAUUCUAUUUUGUGGCUUCUGGCCAUCAGCCAUAAAGCACAAAUUGUUUAGAAGAGAUAGCCCUUUAGAAAAUACCUCCUAUGCAAAAUUGUGCAAUGUAUCAUCUGAAUAACUAUGUAAAUAUCUUUCUUGUAAAUAUGGGGGAAAAUAACACGCAACGUAAAAGGAAUAGCCAUGUAAUUGUAUUGAUGUUUACAGUGAACAAGUGAUUACAUCUACUCAGACGUACUUCUAUGAGAAAAGAUAGAGAUGCAGUGUUCUCCAGACCUGAAAUCAACUGACUUCAGGGGGAAGUGGUGUUGUGCAAUACCCAAAACCACCAGCCUAAUUCUACAGUAUUUCUUGCUUUAAUUAUUCUGACAUCGCUGAAAUAAUGUAUUUCAGGAGGGGAUGCUGAAGAGAAAUAUAUCCCGAUGAACAAAUACUCUAAUGUCCAAAAACCGUUUGCCUUUUACACGAAUCUGAGAACUCUGGAAGGUUUAUAUUGCUUAUUCGAUUAGAUGGAUCACAAUGUCACCAGACUACUACUGUGGAAAAACAAAACAGAACAAACAAAUAAACAAAUAAAAAACCCCUAUGCUGUUAAAAACA